AGCUGAUCUGCACAAUCGCAUUUAAAAAACUGGAUUCAGACGAAGUGAUUCAAAUGAAAAGGACGUAGAAGCCAUCAGUUUGACAUCCGUCUCACUUGGGUGAUAUCCGACAUUAUCAUGAAGUAUUGCAGUACUCGGGGAGGGGAAACUGGCCUUACAUUUGAGGAUGUCCUAUUCUCAGGAUAUGCCAAGGACGGUGGCUUGUAUUUACCGGAGGAGAUUCCCGUUUUGACAGGUCCCGACUUGACUUAUUUUUCUCAAUUAAGUUACACCGACUUGGUGAUUCAAGUUCUGUCCCGUUUCAUCGAUUCCGAAGAAAUACCUGAGCCAGAACUCGCAAGGCUUGUGCGACAAGCUCACGCAACCUUUGAAACUCCGGAUGUGGUCCAAUUGAAAUAUUUAACAGAACAACUCACAGUGGCCGAACUAUUUCAUGGAACAACGCUUACCUUCAAGGACUUGGCGCUAAGUGUCGUGGGAAGGCUCUGUGACUUCUUUCUCGAAAAGCGCAGAGAAAACCUCAUAGUGGUAGUAGCCACGUCCGGAGACACUGGAAGCGCCGCUAUUGAAUCCGUUCAAAAUCUCAGUUGGGUCGAUAUCAUCGUAUUACUACCAAAAGGGCGGUGCACGCCUAUCCAAGAGCUGCAAAUGACCACCGUUAUCAAAGAUAACGUACAUGUGUUUGCAGGAGAUGGCAGCUCGGAUGACUUGGAUGUACCCAUCAAGAGUGUGUUUCAAAACUCUGCCUAUGUGAAGAAACAUCAUCUCUGUUCCAUCAAUUCGAUCAACGUGGCUCGGAUUCUCUUACAAACUGUGCACUACCUAUAUUGUUAUUUUCAACUACGGAAGGACCCGUGUGACCAGCCAAUGCAAUUCAUUGUUCCAACUGGAGCAUGUGGAAAUAUCACUGGAGGCUAUAUUGCAAGCCAAAUGGGCAUUCCCUUGCAACUCAUUCCAGUUACGAAUGAAAACGACAUUGUUGCCAGGACAUUGACAUCUGGAGACUUCUCCAUAUCUGAAGAGGUCAAGCAAUCUUGGGCUUGCGCCAUCGACAUUCAAUGUCCUUACAAUCUGGAGAGACUGUUCUACCUUGCUGCAAACAGAAAUACCCAAACAAUUCGCCAUAUAAUGGACGCCUUUGAGAACGAGUACCAAACUCAAAUUCAGGACGAAAUCCUAUCUGAGUUACAAAAAGUGAUCCCAGAGAGUAUUUCUGUGACCAAUCCGGAUAUUUUGAUGGCCAUGGGCGAGUGUUUCAGGACCAAAGGCUACACCAUUUGCCCUCACACGGCAGUUGGAUAUAAAUACGCGUGUGACACCAGAAAAAGCGGAAAGGUGAAACCGCUUCAGGUCAUCCUUUCGACGGCCUCGCCUUUGAAGUUUCCCGAAGCCUUGGAACAAGCCGGCCUCAAGAAAAUAGAAUCCAAAAAAAUUGAUGAGCUUUUUCAAAAGCCAACGAGAUUCACCCGUAUGGACAGAAGGCAGGAUUGGGAGAGCAUACUAAAGGACAAAAUUGAGGAAAUCAGCGCUCAAUGGGCCAAGCGAUUACUUGCAAGAGAUAUCUAAGACCUCUAGAUCUGGUCUUAAAUCACGUAUACAUGAGUUAACAUCUUUUCAAGCUAGUUAAAAUAAACACAUACUUCGUCUCUUCAUAAUGCA